GGAAAAGAGAGAGGAGAGAGAGCAGGACUGAAGGAUAUUGCGUUACACUACUAUGGCAGCGUGGGGCUACCUCUUGGUGGGUGUUGGCGUCCUCGCCCAAAUCGAAGCUUUCGUUAUUUCUUCAGGAAGGGCACCUCCGGCACAUCAUGUGCUGCGCGCACCAGGUUAUCAUUAUCUCGGUCAGCGGAUUAUGGGGCGGGCUGCAGAAGUCCGGAUGGCCGCCAGAGAGAGCGAUGAAGUGGGCGAUGGGAGUGAUAUCAAGCCAACGUCGGAAGACCCCAGCCUCGGUGUGAAAGCUGCUUGGUACGGCUCGGAGCUCUUCGGCAACAUCAUCGGUCUCGGGAAAAAGAAGGAGCCGGAAGACGCUUCGUCGUCAACGGCGGAGCCGAUAUCGCGAGCGGACGCGGUCGCCAGGUUGAAAUCGGACUUCGACCGCUUCUACUUCGUCACCGGGCAAAUGGACCUCGACUUGUACGAACCCGAUUGCGUCUUCGCCGAUCCGUUCGUUGCCUUCGAGGGACGAGACCGCUUCAAGAACAACCUGGAUAACCUCGGCUCGUUGAUGCAAGACGUCAGCCUCGACGUGACCAGCUGGGAAGAGGCGGAGGCGUCCAUCAAGACAAAGUGGCGGUUUCGCUGCGUGCUUGGUCUGCCAUGGAAACCCACCCUCGCGGCUGCGGGGGGAACGGAGUUCUUCUUCAACCAAGACUCUGGUCGGAUCGAGCGCCACGUCGAGUCGUGGGAAAUCAAACCCAUCGACGCUCUCAAGCAGCUCAUUCGCCCUAGCCGGAAAAAAUCGAGUGGGUCGUAAACCAAGGCGUAUGGAAGGAGCGAGAGCGAGAGCGAAGCGUCGCAUCGAUUAAUUUCGUUCUCCACUUGUAAACAGCGUUCAGGCGAGUCCGUUCCGGGCGAUAGAUGGAAAUUGCACGAGCCCAUGCAGCCUGCAGCAUACAGGAGUGAAACUAGAGUAUGUUUUGUAGAAAAGUGACGGGAAGCUGCAUGAAGAACGUAGGCAGCUGAGCAGAACAGUCGAGGGUUGCGUGCUGGCGCUGAAGAACCUUCGCAUUCUACAAUUGUCCCCAGAUAAACAAAUGACACUACCUCGCUCUGUGUCAAAUAACAUCCAUCCAGAACACGCUGCCGCGACCAGCUCGCUGACUUUUGAUACUCCGCACCGAGCGAUACGGAGCUACCAGCGCACAAGGCACAGCACCGCUCCUGUCAGCAACAUAACAAGACAUUUUUCGUCAACCUUCCUCGGCGCUGGCGUACGGAUCUACAUGACGCGCCAACGACAGACAGCGUAAACACGAAACUGCCGUCGAGCACGUUCACGACGAGGGAGGCUCUUGGCCUUUUUCGCCGACAGCGCCGACCUUCGGCGAGAGAGUGAGAACCCCAUCUUUGCCCAUGGCCACGUCGAACUUCUCGAUGAUCUCGGGAGUGAGGUCGGGCGCUCUGCCCUUGGUCACCUCGCCCGGCGUCCCGGUGGACUGCAUGUACUCCUCGAUAUUGUUCCCGAAAGCGGGAAAGUCCAGCUUAUGCGAGCAGAAAAACACAAACGUGCAAAAGGAGAACGCGGGAGGGGCAGUCAGUGUAGCGAGGACAAAAUAGUGUUGGAACGGAAUGUUGCAGAUUUUGACCAAAGGUCACGUUAGUGAGGGCUUUUUUCCCGACGUGUGGGCACGUGGACAAAGAGCCCCGCUAUAAAUCGGAAAUGAAAAUGAAACCACCACCGGAUGUCGUAU